AUGGGCAUUGCUAUUCGAAUAGUAGGCGCAUUAGGCCUGCACAAGGAACCGUUUGGCUUAUCCGGGUCGUCUGCUGACCUGAGGCGCCGUGUAUGGUGGUCCCUGUUCUGUAUGGACACAUUCAGCUGCAUGACCCUCGGCCGACCGACAUUUGGAAGGUGUAGGCCCUCCAUUAACGUUAAACUACCUUCGCUGUGCGGAAAUGACAUACAAGAGGCUCUUGCUACCUCCCCGCGAAUCCGGCACGAUCAAGUGGCCGAGCUGGACAAGAAGCAUGUUGACUGGUACGAGCAGUUACCAUUACUCCUAUCCACUCCACAGGAAGCCACCACUGCCGCCAUCUCUACAAUUCAGACAAACAUUCAAUGGCGGUACUUGAACUCUCGCAUGCUUCUAUAUCGAUCUGCCUUACUGGAUUACGCAAUGCGCCUAACACCUUUUUCAACGUUGCCUCCAGAAAGGCGCCACGUAAUAUCACAAUGCCGUCUGAUUGCCAGGGAAAGUAUUGUAUACAUUGCGGAAAACAGCAUUUCUAGCCUUACCGCGGCAUGGGGGAGCUCAUGGUUCAUGUUUCAAGCAGUUUUGGUCCCAUUUAUCUAUACUUUAUAUAAAACUUUAAAAGAUAUAACUACUAACCAGUCUAAGUUCUAA